AUGUCCCACAGGUUUGCAAGUCAUGCCCACCUGAUGGCCUUUUGGAAGCAGAUAGAGCCAGCCACCUGCAAGAUCAUACGGGUGACAAGAGCACAAAGUGUAGCAAAGACUGAUGAGGCCCCUCACACUGGCAAUGCAGCGGUGAAUAUAUUUUACAGUUGUUCUUACAAAGCAAGAUAUAUUGCAUCAUCUUAUUAUCUUGAAAGUUAAGCCAGUAACAAUCUAUUUGUGUAAUGAGGUAAUAAUGGAAUUCUUACUCUUUUCAGGUUCUUCAACCCAUUGACACAUUUUUUCUCUUCGUGAAUUACUUGUCAUUGGGUCUGAUGCAGAAGGAUCUGGCCCACAGAUCCAAAAUCCACCAGUCAACUGUAAGCCGCAUCAUAAAUACAUGGGCUAACUUCCUGUAUACUGUACUAGGGGCUGUG